UGUCUCAAAAAUACACACAUUUUACUUCUUUGUUAGAUCAACAUCAUCUAGGAUGAGAGAUAUAGCAUAUUCUCAUACAUAUUCUCAUACAUGUGUUCCUAAACACUGACCUAGACACGGACUGUACAAUAAAAAAAACUCUAUUAAAAAAUAGAGUUUAAAAAAGGGCAAAAAUCCGUGAUGCAUUCGGUCGCCAGUGUGCUCCAGAUAGCUUGAUUGAACAAAUUUUAUUAAUACCAUACCAAUAGUGAAGUCUAAAGUAUAUAUAAUCAAGAUCAAUACAUGUAUUACGAUUACUGAAUCUUGAUUUCCUAAAUAUCUAGAAUUGUACAGGACUGAACAAGAAUCUCAUGCAGUCAAGUAAAUUUUUAAUUGAGGCAAGGACGGGCACUAACAGGAGCUCAUGCUUCUGACUUUAUGAAGAAUGAAGAUUAAAACUGUUGUACAUUUUACGGUUUGCUGGUCAAACAAGGAAUAAAAGGCAGGGAUAACUAUAACAACGACAAAAAAUAUUGCUAUAACGUUAUGUUGAAACAACAAAAAAAUUGUUUCCUCCAGAAAUGAAGAGUUUGAGAAUUUGAGAUAAGAUUACUGUGAACCAGCUUUCAUUUGCAUGUUAGAAAUUUUCAUGAGGUUUUUAAAAUUAUCAUCAUCGCAAAUAAUUAUCGCUGCAAACAAAUGUUAAUUUUGUGGUUGCAGUUAUAACAACAUGAUUGUGGAUAAGGCUUCAUUGUGAAAGGUGUGUAACUUUAUCUAGCUGUCAGCUCCGGAUCUCCAGCUCGUUUUCUGACAUGACACUGCAUAUUUCCCAUUCAUUGACGCCACACUCAGAGGACGCCAUGAGAAAGCUGAGCUUUCUGUCUCCUACCCAGUCCCUGAAAUGGAUCUGUCUCUUCAUUCUGGCUUUCCUUGUGCUGGAGUUACUCCUCUUUAACUGUUUCAUAUUCUAUGCUCUGGGUGUACUGCAAAGGACUGUGGGGCCCUUGCUGAACAUUGGCGAUGUGGACUGGACAGAGGACCUCAAACAGGCCCCCUGGGUCCGGAGAAUGGUCUACAGGGGCAAGGCGGGGGGAUUUGUGUCCUUGAUGCAGGACACAGUGGAGAGAUUAUACAUGAUAGAGGAAGAAGGGUCAGAGAAAAAACUGAGAACUUUUGGAGUUGAUGUCUCUCAUUCGGGUGAAUUUCUAUACAUUUAUAGACAUAUUCUGGCGAGGAGGAACUUUCCCUAUGCUCGGUUGGUGAUUGACAUUGGUGCUAACGAUGGCCUCCUCUCCAGUAACUCAUUCAACUUCAUCCAAAUUGGGUGGUCAGGGCUUUUAGUGGAACCCCAGGCCUCUCAGGCAGAAAUGGCUGCUAAAAAUGUUGUCAGGUAUGUGAAUCCAUAUCGUGAAAAUAAUCAGACAGUCAAGGUCAUCAAAAAUGUCAUCAGCAAGAGAUCAGGGAUUGUGCCCUUCAUGCGAAGGUCGGACAUUGCUGACAUGGAGGGUCACAUUGCAGCCGAGGAGGAUUAUUAUCCAGACGGCCAGAUGGACGGAGAAAUCAUCCAAGUACCCAGUAUAACAGUCCGACAAUUCACCUCCAAAUAUAACGUCCCAAAGUACUUCGGAGUCCUGUCUAUUGAUGCUGAGGGCACCGGCAACCAGAUUUUACAUUCUUUCAUUGACCUUGGAUUUCGGCCGGGGUACAUCAUUUAUGAAGAUUUACACGAGAGAGCAUUUGAACUUCCUGUUGUCACUGAAAAGUACAUGAACGACAGCGGAUACGUCCUAAUGUCCAGGCGUGGCUGGAACCUCAUCUUCUGUCACCGGACUAGGAAGUGACAUACACAGUAGUCUUCUCUAUAUAUGUAAACAUGUUACUAGUACUUGUAAAAUUAUUUUUGUAAUUAGGCAGAAAAGAGAGAAUUAUUUGUUGACUAUUGUACAUACAGUAUUUUUUUUUAUUCAAUUGGUGGGAAAUCCAAAAUGAUAAGUAUUCAUAAAACUUUAGUGUUAGAAUAGGAUAUAAAUUUUUAUAUACAUUAUAUAACAUGUAUUUGUAUACAAGUAGUUAUGUAUAGUAUGGUUUCUGAAAGUAUUGUGAAGUAUCAGUGUAGGUAGUUUAUUUUAGUGCUGGAUUGUAGUAUAACACUUAAAUUAGAUAAAUCUGAGCCCUAGACAAUGUAUGGUGCAUAUUCUGUAAACCAACUUUUACUGUAUUUAGAAAUGGGUGUAAGCAAAUUUCAUGAAGUAUGUGAGAGCCUCAUUCCUAGGAUUAUUUCUUGUCUCAAAAUAGUUCUGUAGUGUUUUAUCCAGUUAUUUAAAAUAAUUAACAUUAAAGUAAGUCACACAUUCACAAACCAAUAUAUUACACGUAAACCAUGAAAAAAUGAUACAGAAUAAAAAUUAGUUCACUGAUUACAGUAGAUGUAUUGAAAUUUACAGAAUAGAUAUCAAGGAAAAAGUAUAAGGCAAGUUUAAUUCUCAGUUUCCAAUGGGUCAAGCAAACUAUAUACUGAUUAAGCCAGCACUCUAAUGGUUAAUAUUCAAACAUUCAAAACCGCUGAGCCAAACCUAUAUCAGAGUACAUUAGCACUUCUAUGCAUCAUACAUGUAGGUAUAAUUAACAAAUAGACCACAGUGAUAGUGUGAACGCAGAAAGCUUGAAGAGCUUAUAUCUGAUACCGGCCCCCUCCCUUAGUUUUAUAUCUUAUUUACACCAGUAGGUCUCAUUUUACAGGAAACAUGUACAAGAGAUUCUUGUCAAUUUCUUUGAUAUUAAAUUAGAUUGGUUAUGUAAUGGUCAUAAGACUUUUAUCCAUUUUAUCACGCUGUAUAUCUAUUUUGAUCGUUCAUAUCUGUAGUUUUUUCGUAGAGGAGAACUUUAGAGUGGAUUAUUAAGACACGGAGAAGAGUGAAAAAAAAUAUGACAGCAUUAUGAUAGCUUUGCCCUGGAUCAUUUUCGUCGGAGAAGAGACCCCAUUAUUUUAAAGCAUUUCUGCAAUCGUUUAAAGAUAUACCAGUGCAUCAGCAUAUUAAAAAAACGAGAGUAGAUCUGGCUGGGUGUAAAGUAAUACUCAAGAUAAAUGGAGGAAAAUCCAACAGUUUCAUGCAGGGUUUUUUUUUUUCUUCAUGAAAAUUAUUUGCUGCAUCCCGAUGAGUGAUGCAAGACUUCUUUGCUCCUGGGGUCUCUUUUUUUCAUUACCAGGAACUAUCAAGUGCCUUUAUACAUUUUCAGCAUUUCAGAUUUAACAAAGAUUUAGCCAGGAUUUUUUUUCUAUAGAUAUAACAAAGAUUUAUAACCAGGAUUUUUGUUUCUAUAGGUUUAUAUUUUGGUUUGUAGUUAUGUAGUUAAUAGUUUUGUUAGUUUUCAGAUUUGGUGCUCUGGAAAAAACUGGUACAUGUUGCUUUUAUUUCAACCUUUUAUAAUUUUUCAAAUGUGCAAUUUUAUUAAGUUUACACAGUUAUUAGCUAGACAACAAUUAUUUUUGAAUACCUUAGAUUGAAUUUAUUCAAUGUGUGUGAUUUUGAUGAUUUAAAAAUUUUGAUUUUGAGUUGAUUUGAAUUUAGCUGUUACAAGGUUAGUGAGAUUUUUUUUUUUUAUAAUUUCACAUAAAUCAAAAAUUUGAGAGAAGAUAUGUAAACUUCAGCAUUUGGUGUUUUUAGUUCACAGUGAAAUGGAUUUAUCCCAAACAAAGUGCAAUUAUUAUUUUCCUAUACCAAAGGUGGACUUAAAUCAAACACAAUGAGUUAUUUUGUGAUAACAUUGCCAAAAUUAGUGUUUUGUUCAAAGUUGAAAUAUGUAGGUCAUUGUCAUGACAACUGAACAGUCCUUGGCAACCUGUAUUAUUUCAUGGGGUUAUGACAAGAAUAGCUCCUCCCAAAGCAACUGUGUCUGUGUUACAUAAUCAAUUGAUUCAUUUAUCUCCCUUUUUGUCAUGGCGUUGCUAAAUACAAAUUAUAUAACAAGAUUUUUUCAAAUGAUAAACAAAUAAGUUGUACAUAUGGAUCACUGUUUUUCAUCAGCUGUGAUGUUCGCCUAGGAGGAGUCCAGAAGAACAAGAUACUCAGACUUAUUAUUACUGAACAGACAGACAGUAUAAACGCACUCUAUUUAUCAGCUGAGAUUGUAUGAAAUGACGGUUAUCGAGAUACCGGUCUGUAAUGUCUUCUGUCACAAUGUAACUGGAUACAGAACAAAUCAGACUAAAGGAUAAUAUUUCAAUUGAUUUCUGUAAUGUUCGUACUUUUGAUAGCUCCCUUUGAGCAUGGCAAGGAGGUAUCCCUAAAAAAAAAAGGAGCCAUGUUGUUCAAACUUUCCCCAACUGCUACUUGAACAUCUUUCAUCAUGUUUCAAUUUUUUUCAUGAAAUCAAAAUUCCUUUAUAAAUUGUGAUGUUCUUUUAAUAGCAUGGUUCACUGCUGUAAUGUCCUGUUAUAAAAAAAAAAAUAAAGCCUUCAUUUUCAUUAAAUUAAAAUUUACAUACUUAUUUUGACAAAAAUGUUACAGGGACAAAGACCUAGGAAUUAUGUGUAUGUGUCAGUACUUCUUAUAUCUUGAAAUCAUAAGCAGAAUUUAGUUUCUUUGUGAGCCAAGACUAUGCCAUAGGAAUCAAUUUUUGAUGUGCAAUUUUAACAAUUUUCAUUCUACUAAACAACAAAUUUUGAUCUUGAUAUGCAACACUGUACAUUGUAUUUACGUUUUCCAUUGUAUUUUUCUGUUAUAAAUAUAUAUACUACGAAUAUAUUUUGUACAGUAUAGUCCAAUACAUUUCAUCAAUGACUAUUUUGAUAUUUAAUCUAUCAUAAAGCACUUCGGGCUUUAUUGGAUAUGAUCAGCCCCAACCAUAUUUGAUCACCUCAUAAUACUAAAAGAAUGAUUCCUUAUUCCGUAAACAAAUAUUUAAUUUUCAAAUUUGAUGAUUUUUACGUCCCUUUUUUGCUGAAUGAUAAUUACAAUACUCCAUUCAUGGACCUUUUUACUCAAGGGUUGUCUUUUUGUUUUCAUUUUUGUUAUUAUCUCUUUGUAAAUAUAUAAAACCUGUUAUAUAUGAAUAUAUUUUUUUAUUAUUUUAUGCUGUGAUGUCUCUCCUUAAUAUUUUGUCUUUUACUGUUUGUUUCAUAUUCCUGUAGAAAACAAGUGCCUAAUGUGCUGCUUAGUCAUAGACAAACUUUGAAUUGUUGUUAUUGAAAGAAAAAAUAGGACACAAAUUAAAUCAUGUGGCGUUUUUUGCCAAUAAGUUUAUGAGCCUUGACUGUGCUGUAGUAAUCGAUCAUGUACAUUGUAUGUUUGAUAUGCAGUUCUAAAGACACAAUUCUAACAAUUUAGUUCAACCUUUCAAAUUCUUUAACAAGCCCAUUUUUCUACCAAAAUAUUUUGACUGAAGUUUUUUUUUACCAUAUAUCUACAAAAGUGUAAGAGGAUAUUACAUUGUAUUGAGAAGGUUGAUUUCUUUUUUAUAAAAAGGGCGUUGUAAUAGUCUUAUUGUGAUAUAGUCAGAUAUACCUGUAUGUAUUAAUAUAUGGUUGUUUGUCACAUUUCCAUGCAUUCCUUAAACUACUACAAAUGUCAUUAUAGGCUGAUAUCACAGAUGUAUGAUAUUCAAGAUACAUGGAAUUAAAAGAUAUAAAAGGAUAAAUUGU